AUGGAGUGCAACAAGGACGAGGCUGUGAGGGCUAAGCAAUUGGCAGAAAGUAGAAUGCAAAGGGGUCAAUUUGUAGAGGCACUGAAGUUUGCUAACAAGGCCAAAAAGAUGUAUGCUGAUGUUGAUAACAUUGCUCAGAUCCUUGCAAUUUGUGAGGUUCACGUUGCUGCAUUGAACAAACUCUCUUGUUUUGAAAUGGACUGGUAUCGAAUUCUUCAGACAGAAAGACUCUCUGAGGAAGCAAUCAUAAAGAAACAGUACAGAAAGCUUGCACUGCUACUUCAUCCUGAUAAAAAUAAGUUUGCUGGUGCAGAAGCUGCUUUCAAGUUGAUUGGGGAAGCCAAUAGCGUGUUGAGUGACCAAGCAAAGCGGUCUUUACAUGACAUGAAGGUUAAAGCCCAUGUGAGAGCUGCAGCACCUAAGCGUAAGGCCCCAUCCCAUCACUCAAAUGGGAACAAAUUUGCAGCGAGAACUGCAGUACCCAAGACCCCAUCCCAUCACUCAAAUGGGAACAUGUAUGCAGCGUUGAACCCUGAGGUGUGGGAAACUUUAGACAGACUAGUGCAGCAGCUGCAGUCUCAACAAAAGCAAUUAGAAAUGCUGCAGUCUCGACAAACGCAAUUAAUAAGGGAAAUGAUGGACCGGAACCGGAAGAAGCUGGAAGCUAAAAGGAGAAGAAAAUGGUAA